AAAAAAGUACUAAAAGAUUAGAAAAAACCAAACCUAAAGUAUAACGUUAAAAUAAAAAUUUGGAGCCGACCCAGAAAAGUGAGAGAGACGAAGAAGAUGCUGAGAGAGGUUUCUAGGAUUAAGGUUAAGGUUAAGGUCAAGGUUUCAUGCUAAUGGGUUCCCCUCAAUCUGCUGAAACCAAAACCACAACUACCUCAGAUUCUCUGUCAGUUCAAGAAUCCCCUUGUCUGUUUAGCGACCUUUCGCCAAUUAAGCCUGUCAAGGCUGCGCAAGUAGCACAAGGGUUUCCUAGAUUUAAUUCUCCUCCUCUUGUAUUCACAUCAUCACGCAUAAGUUCAAACUCUGAAACAUUUCUUCUCAAGAGGCCUCAGGACCUUUUAUCAUCAAAAGAAGAAAUAUCUUGUAAUGAUGACAAAGAAAAGAAAUCUGCUGAUGAUCCUGGUGAGUCCAAGAAAUCUGUGACCCAAUUAUGCAGGGUGUUUAUCACUGAUGCUCAUAAAGACGCUGAAAUUAAGAAAUAUGCUCAAGCACAACCCUGCAGUUCCUCGGGAUGUGUUGAUGAAUACUUUGCUGAUCCUGUGGAGUUGGACACUGUUCAUUCUGUGGAUUCAGCCAAUGCAUCUCUGAAUCAAUCUAGUAUAUUACCUGAAUCAUCAGCAACUGGCUUACCUGCCUCAAAGAAUACCAUUAAAUUUGAUGAUAAACAUGACAUGGGUAAGGAUGCAGGGACAGAAGUAAAGGCACCACUUAUUUUAUCAAAGCAAGCUCAAGAGGAUCUCCAUGGAAAGCCAACAUUUGAUGUGAAGUCACUUAAUACUAAGGAACUACAAAGGGACGGUCGAUGGCCAACUGAUGUAUGCCCAACUAUUGAGUCUGAUUUAUCUGUAGACCAUGCUUUUCAAAGACAACAAUAUGAAGAUGCAUCCUGUCAGAAUGCAGGAGGUGGCCAACAGGGUGGUUGUGAUUCUACUCCUCAAUCACUGUCUAAACCAUCACAGAUUGUUCAGGUGUGUGAAGACAAUGGUGAGAAUGUGGCAACAAUCCCACAUAGACCUGUUGGGAACCUUAUCCUGCACAAUCCUGAGGCCAGUGAAAAUCAACGAGGUUUGCGUAGACGUUGCCUUCAGUUUGAAGAGGCUUUAUUGAACACUAUUGAAAAUAGUGCUGGCUCCUUGGAUCCUACUAAUGAAGUAACCACUUCAAGGUCACCUGCCACUGUUGCAGAAUUAAAAAGUUUGGAAUCAUCUCAUGCAGAUUUAAUUGCGGCUUCUAGUAGGAGACAAGUGAUCCAAUCUAGGACUAGUUUGUAUCCUCCACGAUAUAGUGGAAACUCUCCCUUAUCAAUUUCCAAGCCAUCCAGUAUUGGCUUGCAUUUGAAUAGCAUUGUCAAUGCUGUGCCGGUAACUUGUGGUGCCACUGCAAGGCUCAAACUUGCAGAGGAUUAUAUGGGAGUACAGGGGAUGAAGUCAGCAUCUGUCAUGAAUUUUCAUUCAUUGGAGAAAAUGAAGAGUUGCCCGAUUUCAUCAAAUGUAGUUGAGAAAAUUGCAUUUAUUGCUGAAGAUGUGAGGUACAAAACUAAGGCUUCAAUAGCUGCAAGUUCUGCCCUUUGUGAGUCUCCCCACACUACAGAACCUUUGAAUUUGUUGAAGCCUAUAGAGUAUGACACAACUCCACAUGAUAAGAGGAAAUUUAACUCUGAAGAAGUUGAUAGUAAUGAGGAGUACAGCCAAGUAAGCCCCAAAAAGAAAAGAAAGAAAACUUCAAGCACCAUUGAUGGUGAUGGUUGCAAGCGUUGUAACUGUAAGAAGACCAAGUGUUUGAAACUUUAUUGUGAUUGCUUUGCUGCUGGAAUCUACUGUGCUGAACCAUGUGCUUGCCAAGGGUGCUUUAACAAACCUGAAUAUGAAGAUACGGUUCUUGAAAUACGUCAACAAAUAGAAUCCCGUAAUCCACUUGCUUUUGCUCCCAAGAUUGUACAACAUGUCACUGAGUUCAAUAAUCGGGAAGACAGAAAUCAAGUGCCCCCAUCCUCUGUGAGGCACAAAAGAGGCUGCAACUGCAAAAAGUCAAUGUGUCUUAAGAAAUAUUGCGAGUGCUAUCAGGCUAAUGUAGGAUGCUCCAGUGGAUGUCGGUGCGAUGGAUGUAAAAAUGUCUAUGGCAAAAAGGAAGAAUAUGGUGCUACUGAGCUUGGUGUGACAAAAGAAAUGGUUAGGGAGAGAGCUGGUGAGGAAAAAUUUGAAGGCAUAUUUAAUGAGAAGCUAGAAAUGGUGGCAACCGAGGAAGAUUUCUUACAGGCUGAGUUGUAUGAUCAGCACUUCACUCCAUUGACACCAUCAUUUCAGUACUCAAGUAAUGGAAUGGCUGAACCAAAAUCCCAACUUCUUUCUAGAAGAUACCUCCAAUCACCGGAAUCUGAUCUUACCAUCUUGUCAUCUUGCGCGGAUAAACCAAAAGCUCCUGAAACUUUGAAUAGCAGUGACAUGCUUCUGCAAAGUAAAGAAUCACUGAAUGUAGGUUCUUAUGAUUGGCAACUAGACUACAAUAACGUGGAGGUAAUGGACCAAUUCUCACCAAAAGGUGAUGCAGUUUCAAAUAUAUGCCAUCUAACUCCACUAUCAGAUCAACCCUUGACAGCCAUGGCUUCUUCAACUUCAUCCAAAAUGAGAGAGUGGAAGAACAUUUCACCAGUUCAACUCUCUCCUGGAACUGCCUAUGUCUCAUCUAGUGGUUCCCUUUGUUGGCGUAGUUCACCAAUUACUCCGAUGAGUAGGUUUGGUGGGACCAAAUCGCUUCAGGGCCUUAACCCUAACAGUGGGUUUUGUGACAUUCUGGAAGAUGACACUCCUGAGAUAUUGAAGGAUUGUGCUACACCACGUAACUCUGUUAAAAUAAGUUGCCCAAAUUGGAAGCGAGUUUCUCCUCCCAAGAGGCAUUCGCGUGAGCUAGGGUCAAGCUCUUCAGGGGACUUGAAAAGUGGCCGCAAAUUCAUAUUGCAGGGUGUCCCUUCUUUCCCACCUCUAACCCCUUACGUUGAUUCCAAAGGCAGUACCAAUCAGAAAGCUAGCAAUAUUGAAGAUAAUAAUAGCAGAUAAUGAUGGGCAAAUCUUGUGAAUUAGGUCUUGUGGCAAAAGACAUUCUGUAUGUGCACAGAAGAACUAUGCUGAAAGUCCUAUGGGUUGAAAAUCUGUCAGGUAUGCAAGUGGGCAGAUGUUUCGAGAAUUAAUGCGCAAAAGAGGAAGUCAUUGCUACUGCACCAUCGUCUGCACUCAUAUUUCUCUCGUUUUCAUAAUCAUAUUUCUAAUUGUUCGCAUCUAUUUAUAAUUGAAUGUUUCCAUUGUUCAAUUGGAUUUGAUUCCUCGUGGUUAGAGGAAGAACUAAUGAAGGUUGCCCCAUAUUCACAACUGGGCAAAAAUAAAAAUUUUCCCCUUUUCUGAACACA